AUGAAAUGAUUAAUCAUGCAACCAUAUACCUCGUACAAUGAAUUAACACAUGUAUACAAUACUUCUUUCUAUAAGAGAGAUUAGGAAAUAAGAUUAUUAAUCUUAAGUAAAUGCGUUAAAAAUAAAAUUGCAUUUGAAUUUUUAAGUAAAAGAAAUAUAAGAUUUAAAGAUAAUACAAAAACAAGGUGUUUAAUGAUUUAAUGUAAACCUUAUAAUAUAGUAUGAAAGAACAUUGGGAAUAAAAAGGCGAAAUACAAUAGAUAAGAUGACGAAAAGGAUUUGGAAGAUGCUGAAACGAUUUGAUAUGUGGAAAAUAUAAUCUAUGAUUACAAGAGUUUAUAAUGAUCCUAGAGCAUUUAGCGUGUCUGAACGGAGGGUAAGGUUGAAGAAACUGGCACGUUGGCCGGCCCUGAGCGACUCCCUGCAAUGUGGGUCGUCGUCUAACUGUUCCACGUACCGUUCCGUCGACUCUGUGCUGUCCAUUAGUCAGGUCCAACUCCUUCUCUUUCUUACCUCCACCACUGGCAAUCAAGAAACGGAAAAGCAUCUUACCUCUCUUCUUUCUUGAUUCUAUCGACCGCUACUAUGUUUCCCGGAAUCUUUUUAAUCGAUACACGUUGAGAAAAUCUUAGAAAGUUUGUCCCUGAUCUGUUGAUAUUGUAAGUUGUGUCAAUGUCACAAACACGCUCAAGAAUUGAAAAACAAUUUGGCUAAGUACAGGAAUUUCACAAAAUGCUUAAGUAAUUUAAAAUUAUUUAAUAUCACCUAUGUGCUUAUUUAAUGUUUCAUGAAUAUUAAAGAGUUCCAUUGUUUUUCAGUGCUAUCAUAAGAAAGAGGAAACUUCAUUUUGUUGGACAUUCAGUUUCAUUCAAUGAUCAUAAUGUUCAUUAAACAAGGAGUCAUUCAAUUUAAAAUUACUGAUGCUUGAAUUUUCAUAGUAAUGCAACUUUCAACAGCUUUACCACGAUUACACUUUGAAAGGUCAUUCCACUGCUAAAGGAUUAAGCUAGUUUUAACAAUUUUUUUCAGAACAUAUGAACUAAAUCUUAUUUCUCUAUAAGUAUAAAUAGUGGAAGAAUAAAUAAUUUGUCCUAAAAGAUAACAGAAUGGAGUCCAAUGAAAAAUUCUUUCUUUGAAAAUUUUGUCUUUUAGAACUUUAUCUGAGAUGAGUCUGAAUUGAGAAAAAUACUUAUAGAGAUUCCACUUUUAUGUUAUAAGUACAGUAGUUCAGUACAAUUUAUGAAAAUUUAUUUCAGUAUAAAAGUAGCUUAAUUAGUUAGCUAUCAAAGUGGCUCAAAUGAUCCUUUAAAAUUCAAUGAAGUUGUACUUUCAUUUGUCACAGGAGAAUCUCCCGGUUCCCUUUUCCUUGUAUCCCCAUUCCUCGUACUUUCCUCUUGCUUCUUGUGACCAUUUCAUCCAUGUCCCUGUACUUUCCACCUCUUCGUCCUCGUGCCAUCACCUCGUCGUUUUCCUUCUACCACCUGGAAGUCGAAGCUCUUCAGUCGACGAGUGAUUCUCUGGCAAGGCUACAAACUUCCGUGGCCUCGUCGCACGUUCAAUCACCUUCGUCGUACUCGCGAUUCGAUCUCUCUUCUUCUCGUGAGAAAAAGAAAAACAAACCGAGAGUAACGAGCCGAGAGGUACAUAAUUGAAAUUCUCACAUGGGGCUGUGAGUGACCGUCAAGUCGAGGCCAAGGCGUUUAUCGACGACCGGAGGAUAUUUAAUUCUUUCAUCUCAUUCAGGUAAACUUUUCAUUGCACUUAAUUAAGUUUUAGGGUAAUUUGUAUUUCACAGGUUGAUGUAUUCCACGUGGGUCAUUGUUUUUUAAUAUUGAAUACUGAAAUUAAUUUUAAUACUGAAAUUGAUAAUAUAAUUGCAAGUUUCACAUGAUUAAAUAGGAUGGUAGGAAGAAAUCAUUUUUGCAGUGAUUAUAGGAAGGAAAUUGAAAUUUUGAGUGAUAUUUUGGAAACGUGUUUUUAAUGGCUGCAAAUUUUAAUCUUUGUAUGGUGGAAUAAAGUUAAUAAUAACUAAGGCCAAUGUUCAAAGGUGAUGAGCACAUUUUGGAUGAAUAAUAAUAAUUGUAGGAUGUCAUAACUUUUGCAUGAGGAUCCCAAGUACCUUAGCGUCGACCCUGAUAGUGACCCAACAUGUGAAACGUACACGAUGCAUCAACCAAAAUUAGCCAUUCAAAUUUAAAAAAAAAAGACUUCCAUUCAUUGGCAAACAUAAUCUAUAAUACAAGAUAUAUACCUUCAUUGUAUUCGUAAUUUCAUUAAUGAAAAUUGAAGGAAAUACUACUAUAAAAAAUAUAUAUAAUUAAAAUAUCUAAAAUAAACGUUGCAAUAACGUAAGUGGAAGUACAAAUGCGUUCAACGAACGUUUUAAAAUAAUAGUUAUUGCGCUAUGCUUAUUAAAGCGAACGAGAAUAAGAUGAUACAAUUACCCUAGGAAUUUCACGUAGACGGUAAUUAGAAUAUUCUGCAAUCAUUGUACCGUUAUAAUUAGGCCGAGUUUGCGCUGCAUUAAAAGUCUCUCCGACCAUUCGCUAUAAAAAAACAUAAACCAUGUUCCAACGCGUCAAAAAUUGAAUCUGAAACCGGUUAACUUACCUGUUUUGAUUUAUAUUAAUCGGCGACUUAAUUAAACAAAAAAGAAUAAUGUGAAAGGCUUCUUGGAUGUUUAUGAAACUUUUUAUAUAGAUAUAUGUCAAGCAAGAUGCAGUCGAGUCCAUGGAUCUUGCUGAUGGCUCUAGCCUGCAUAGCAGGUGUAUCUUCAGAGUACUUGAUGGGCGGCCACAUGGACAACAAUGCUCCAAAGUCCCUGCUGGAAGAGAUGGAAUCUUCUCCGACUUUGGCAAGGACGGCGCAGCUGGAUGACCUUGACCUGGAUCUCGACGCUGAAGAGAGCACUGUUUUACCGUCGACGUCCACCGACGAGGAAGCGCCACGAUACCAUCUUCCUUAUCCUUUCGCCUUCAACGGUGGCAGACCGUUCUCUCUGGAGAAGGAUCCUAUCAGUGGGAAAAUCGACUUUGAGAAGGCGCCACCUGUGAAAGCCUUGAAUUAUAGCAGUCGUUACCAGGAACACGCCAACAGCGAAGAGCAAGGGGAUAAAGAACCCUUAAAAGAAAACACUCAGAAGAAAGUGGAGAACAAGGAGAGUGUAGAUGUUAGCCCCAACGAAAUCAAUCCUUACUCGCCUAAUUUUCACGACUUCCUCAACCUGCCUGUUCAUUAUUCGUCCGAUAAGUAUGGCAAGGACAAGUACCCGUUGAUAUCGAGCUCCUACGCGAACACGAAGGUCCAAAGUGGUUCGAACAGCUACAGUACUUAUAACCAUAAACCCUAUCAUGGAGAAACUGUGGCUUAUUACCAUACGAGAAAACCGUAUGUGCCUAAAACAAGUUCUACGACAACGAUGAGCAGUACAACCACGUCUACUAGUACUACUACUACUACUACCACCACUACUACAACUCCUAAACCAACUACAAGUACGACUACGACUACGACUACCACGACCACUCCUCCACCGAGUACUACGUCCACCACCACGAAGACACCUCCUGUAACCACAUGGAAACCUUCAAGCACCACACCCAAGCGAUUCAUGGAUCACCUGGACGAGUACGAUGAUAUUCUUCCGAUAGAGAAGCUCCAAGCAUCCAUGUACAAUAACAAUCACCAGGGAGCGAAUAACAUAAUGCACAACCGCGAUCCUCCUACGAAUCAUGAAGAGUACAUAGAUAGUUACGAAGAUUAUGAAAUGAACGAUGGAGAGGAUUAUGUUUCGAAAGACUCGACCAAUGAGAUUGUCAAGACCAGUACCUUACCUGCGACGACGUCAACUGUGGCAAACGUGACUGCGACGACUGCUGGGACCCCGGAAACUCCUAGCUCCACGACAACUGUUGCAAGCACAACAACGUCAUUGUCACCCAAUAUGCACUUUUCGUCGAUGCUUCACGAGGACGCUCAUCAAAGUAACUCGGUACCAUUCCAAAGUCUGCCGCAACGUCCAGUGACGUCCAUGCCCUUGGAUAAUGAUCACCGAUUGCCAUCUGCUUUUGAAAACGAUAGCCGAAGGCAAGGUGUCGCGGACAACGUCAUCGUUAAUCAAAAUUAUCGACCAAAUAUGAUCGGUCAAAGACCAAGCGGAUUAGGAGGGAUUCUGGUAGAAAGUACGAGCAACAUCGUAAUACCACCUGACCAGGACACGGUGUCCUUCGUCCUCGGCAAUCGACAGAACGUCGAAGGUGGAUAUUAUUCGGUAGGCACAGCUAUCGGAGAGAAUCCAUACAGUGCAGGAAUCGAUACCUCGUUUCGACCGCUCUAUGGUGUCCAGUCCGAUAAGGGCAAUUACGACCCACAAACGGAUCAUCGAGGUACCUUUGGUCUGCCUUUGGUGCCUGCUCCGGAAAACCCCAGUUAUGCUGCCCAGACCUGGCGACAACCGAAUCCCUCUGCCACGCAGAAGAUAGCUAACGAAAUAGAACCUUCCAGGCCUCAAGGUUCGUUCGUGAAGGGCACCGUGCUUCUUGACCAGAUGGAUGAUAAGAAGGACGAUAAGGAUGUUAACUUCGUCGUGUUCCCUAAAGAUGAACCCAAACAGCCAGUAGAGGAGCACAUCGUCAUUGUGAACGAAGCUGAUGGCACUGUGCACGAGAUCGCUCCUUCCUCUUCAACGAUGAAACCUAUGAGAGUGAAUCCACCUGUUCCUAAUGAAGAACAUCUUCCACAAUUGUCUGAAGACUUAACUCCACCGACGGAGCGACCAAGACCACCUUCGCAAUUUCAUUACCACUACCAUCAUGGUGGUAUAACAAGACCUGAUCACCUUAGACCUCAGAGGCCACCGGUACCUCCUCGUGGAAAGCCAUCACCUGCUUUCCCUCCACCUCUUCCUCCUCCUACAGACCCUGCAGGGAUAAGAAGACGUCCUUACUCUCCAGAUUCUAAUUUGCCAAAUAUUCUGCCACAGUUUCGGCCUAACGCUAAAACGUCUCACGGCCAUCGGGGCUCAGAAACCAUUGGCACCAUUCCUGCUGGUCAAACUUACUCUACAAGAAUCAGGCAACCUGUGCAAUCUCAUCCUCCAACCAGAAGACCCCUACCUCCACCGCCAUCCUAUCUUCAAAGGCUAAAUCCUCCACCACCACCAAUUCACGCGCUCCGACUUGCAGGUGCAGCCUCCACGAAAACGGAGAACGUGAUGCCUCUUCGAGACACGGAGCCAGUCAAAAGGUUUCGACCUCCGCCGAUACCAGCCACCUCCAGAGGAGAGGAUGAUGUAAAGCUGGCGCAACGAUUGUCCAGUCAGAAACUACGCCUGGAAGAGGAGGAGAGGUUAGAACGAUAUUCGGAGGAGCCGCCCCAGGUACCUCCAAGACCACCGUUAUUUCCUAAGCGGAGAACAGCGGAUCACGUGGCGACUCUUCAGAUGAUUCAACAUCAUGGAGAAUUCGAGGAAGACGUUACAGAGUCUGCAGGUACCGACGACGAGUCUGAUAGAAUAGUGACUGAACAGAACGCGGACAAGAGGAAGUUCGACGAAAAUGAACCUAUAGCCGAGGCACCCGUUUAUGUGGUAUACCCCGUGAAUACUGCCGUGAACAUCCAUCCUGACGACUCCAGGGAAAAGGAUGAAAGCGUGGUAGUCGGAACGAGAGGUCCUCAUCGACCUCUGCCACCGGAAACGCUUCUCCAGGACAACGAGGAGCAGGAGAUGGAUGAAGAGCAAGGUCCAGUUGUUCAGAAUGUAUUCAGCAGUCGACCCGUUGCGUCGGACUUCCCGUAUCCCCUGGAACGUCCAGAUCCUUCGGUUCUCGUUACAGGAAUGAGAGAAACGCCACUGCUGGUACCCAGUGACCAGCGACGAGAGGAGUCUGUGAAGGAAAGCAGUGAUGAGAAGGACGAAAAGGAUUCUAGCGUGAACGUUAUACCUUAUUUACAAGACUUUGUACCUUUUCCAGCAAGGAAGAACGAGCCCAUAUCGGCGACUCUUUAUCGACUUCCAUCUACGCCGACAUCCACGCCGAUCGCAUUUGUUUACACACCGACGGCGCAAGCGUCUCAUCGACUGGAUGUGGACGUACGGGACGACAAAGAUAAUUCGAAGACCGAUAGAAAUGAUCAAAAGCCAGUUCUGUUACCCUCUCAGCAACCGUCCAGUUCCUCCAGUUCAGCGCCAUCCCCGCAGAACUUCAUGGCGCCAUUCGUUGCAAGCGUGAGCGCUGAAGCGCCUUCGAAGAACGGCUGGAGCGUCGUCAUGGUAGAACCUGUCGUGAACAGGAAGUCCGACGAGGACCGCGACUCAAUGGAAAAUCCCUCGGACACGGAGGAGUCUCAGACUGAAAAGAAUGAGUUCGAUGCAGAGAACUUUAAACCGCAGCUGUUCGGUGGAUUCAAACCCAUUUACGAGUUUCCAACGCAAGAUGAGGACCAGCCGGAACGUCGAGAGUCCAGCGAUGCUAAUUCGGAAGUAUCCACGUCUGAUUCACAAUCUGCUAAUUCGACGGUUUGAUGGACUUUUGUUAUGUAGAGAAUACGUUGAACGAAGAUGAUAAGCUUAGCUUUGAAUAUUUUGUUGACUGUUCUUACGUUCUUCUUGGCAUUAUUCUUUUGAAGACGCAUCAAGCUAGAUCUGAUUGAAGUCAGAUUUUUUGUACUGAAAUAAUGCUAGGUGGAGCGUUCUUCCAAGUAAGAACUAAAUAUUUAGAGAAUUCGUACAUUGGUGAUUGGGAUGAUCUAUUGUCUUCGUUGGGAGAGGCAAUAAAUAACCCUUUGAGGUCGAUAAAUGUAUACAGAGUGUAUUCUCUGGGAUUAACCAUUUGUAUUUACAAUAAUCUGCCAAUGAAAUGUUUUAAACAGCAGUUUGUCAGCAUUUGGAUCUAAGGACGACUAACUUUUGUUUAAAACAUUCUUUAUAAAUUUCUGAAAAAUAAUGAUCUUAGAAGAUGCAUAACUUGUUAUAAUACCUAUUUCAUACCUGUUUAUAACUUUGAUGUGAAUGAAAAUCAUAUUUUACAUUGCAUAGAUUGAAGAAAAAAUAUUAUUUAACUUAUAUUAAACAAAAAUCAAGUAUGUGUGCAUGGUGUCUUUAGGAAUGUAUCGUCCCCAAAGGGUAAACAUAAGUCUGAACAUCUACAUUAUUCUUAAUGAUUCUGAAUCGUUGAGCUUCAAGCGAAGGAUUAAAUGCAACGAGGUGCAAGUAUUUUAAAGUAAAUCUCAAAAGAAAUUUGAUAACAGUCUUGUAACACAAUAUUUUGUAGGAAUUUUUUUUUAUAAUUGUAUUUGCACAACUUUGCAUGUAAUCCUCUUAAAUGCCUAAAAAUAUUCAGUGUAUUAAACAAUUGUUAUAUUUAUAUUAAUUUAUGUAUUUUAUUGAUAGGCUACAUAAAGUAAUUUAUAAAAUUUCACCUAUACAUUAUAAAUGUUCAUGUAUUGUAUAUGUAGAUUUGUAUCUUGUUCAUAUUAGAUAUUCUAAGUAUCUUCACGCAUCAGUCAGCAUGAAAAAUGUAUACAUUAUUUAUUUCGCUUUAGAUUCAUUAACGUACUUAAAACUAUUUUUGUUGUUGAUAAUUACAAUUAUGUUUUAAGUAUUUUAUGUAAUAAAUCGUUUUUAAAUUAUUUAU